GUGAGACGAUGGUCAAACAAACAGCGUUGUGGAUCUUUGUCAGUGUUUUCUAGUUGAUCAUUUACUUUCAUUUCGUGAUUCACUUGUCAUUUUAGCCAUAUAUGAUUUCAGUACAAUAAAACGCAGAAUAGAUUGUCUGGAAAAAUCAGAUGCGUGGUCAAUGUGACAGCUCAAUUUUCUCCCCGACAGCAUGCUAUGUGUGCAACAAGCAAGUGCUACUAGCUACGAAACACAGCUUUAGCUAACUAUCCAGAAUCUGGGAAGUGCUGGAAGAACUUGGGCACCUCCGCCGGGCGACGAUGCAGCGGCCGUAGCAUGGAGGAGCCGCUCUGAUGGAGAAUCAAAAGAAGGGCUCGGAGGGGGAGGAGAGUUUGGGGGAACGGGGUCUGCUCCACGCCUGGAGGGGCUACUCCUGCAGCCUGACCCCAGACAGAGUGCUGCUGUCCCGGCCGGUCCUGCAGGCUGCCAUGGGGGCCCAUCACGCCGUCCUAUUGGCCGAGGGCGGACAGGUGUACAGCUUCGGCGCGUUGCCCUGGAGACAGGACGGCGUCUCGGCCGCGGCAGAGCCAGUGUUGGAGGCGGGGCUGGGGGGCGUGGUUAGCGUAGCCGCCGGAAGCUUCCACAGCGGGGCGGUGACGCAGGACGGGGGGGUGCACAUGUGGGGGCAGAACGCCGCCGGGCAGUGUGGGAUACCCGGCCUCCACACGGUGCCGAACCCCACCCCCGUGGGCGUGGUGGAGCGCGAGGCGCGGCCCGCCCAGGCGGUGUGUGUGCUGGAGCUGGCCUGCGGGGAGACGCACACGCUGGCCCUGUCGGCCCGGCGUGAGGUCUGGGCCUGGGGCAGCGGCUGCCAGCUCGGCCUGCUCACGCCCGCCUUCCCCGUCUGGCAGCCGCAGAAGGUGGAGCACCUGGCGGGCAGGUGUGUGCUGCAGGUGGCCUGUGGCGGGGCCCACAGCCUGGCGCUGGUGCGCUGCCCCGCGCCCCAGGAGCCUCGUCGCCCCCCGCAGGACAAGUGUGGCCACUGCAACCAGCUGCUCUACACCAUGACGGACCGGGACGACCACGUGAUCAUCUCCGACAGCCACUACUGCCCCCUGGGGGUGGAGCUCAGGUCCUCCCCCUCCGACCCCCUGCUGUCUGGCUCCGCCCACAUAGCCACGCCCACCGAGGUCCCAACGGAGCCCCGCCCUCUGGACGCUGCGCCUGCCCCAGAGCCUGUGGGCGACGCCCCUAAAACGGACUGUGACUCCGCCCCUCUGGCGGACUGCAGCGAUGCGGGGGCGGGGCCGGGGGCGAAGAGCUCGCCCUAUCCAGAUGAGCAGGCGGUGAAGGAUUACCUGAAGAGGCUGUCCACUGAGCAUUGCAGCAAGAGCCCCGCGCCCGUGCAGUGUGCCCAGCCGCUGAGUGAGCCGGGGGACCCGGACCGGGACCCGGACCCCCCCAGCCCCGGCCCGGAGCCCGUCUCCUCCGCGGGGUCCUCCCUGAACAGCCUGGUGGCGUCCUGCGCCUCCGUGGUGGGGGAGCGCGUGGCCUCCACGUACGAGGCCCUCUCCCUGAAGAAGGUCAUGAGCUACUACUACCCCUCCGGGGCCGGCUGCGUGCCGGGCCUGGGCCCCGCCGGGGCCGGCUGCAUCCCGGGCCCGGGGCCCCCCGAGGGCGGCCGCGUGCGGCUGGAGGAGGAGUCCAUGCAGGGCAGGAAGAGCUCCAGCCUGGGGGACAUCCGGCAGGGGGAGGAGGAGGGCCUGGGCCGCCGGCUGUCUCUGCCAGGGCUGCUCUCCCAGGUGUCACCCCGGUUGCUGAGGAAGGCUGGCCGGCCGAGGGUUCGAGCCGUGGCCCUGACUCCGCCCCCUCUGUGGGAGGCUGAGGAGCCCCUCCCCUCCCUGCUCACGGAGGUGUGGAGCUGGGGCCGGGGCCAGGAGGGGCAACUAGGACACGGGGACGUCCUGCCCAGGCUGCAGCCGCUGUGUAUAAAGUCUCUCAGCAGUAGGGAGGUGGUGCGUGUGGCUGCCGGGGCUCACCACUCCCUCGCCCUGACCGCACAGUCCCAGGUGUUAUCCUGGGGCAGUAACAGUUCGGGGCAGCUGGGACACAUGGAGUCCCCGAGCACUGUGCCUCGCCUGGCUAAGAUGUCGGAGGGGAUCCGCGUGUGGGACGUGGCGGGGGGGCAGCAGCACACGGUGCUCCUGGCCGAUGGAGACUGUGUGCAGCCCAUCCUGUACUACAGCGGCCAGCAGGUCAGAGAGGAGCCCCAGCCCCAAGCCCAGGGGUACACCCAGCAACCAGUCCUACUGCCUUUCUGCAUGAACAUGGGCUACGUGCGGAGCGUGUUGGCCGGCGGACAGGGCUGCCUGGCGCUGGCCGAUCGGAACGUCAUGGGCUUCAUCGCCAGCCUGCACGAGCUGGCCGCCACCGAGCGGAAGUUCUACUGCAGACUGAGCAGCGUGAAGAGCGAAGUCCUGCGCCCCCUGCUGGCGGGAGAGACCCUGAGUGUGGCCCUGGGCUCGGCGACUCACCUCCUGCUGCAGACGUUGGCGGGGCAGUUCGGCCGGCUCUGCCACCUGACGGGGCAGCACUCCACCUCCCUCACGGCCUUCCUGCGGCGCGGCCGUCAGCGGGACGUCAAGGGCCUGGUGCUGCUGGAGCACCCCGCCCCCUUCCUAGAGACCUACUCAGAGUACUGCAGCUCUGUGGGGAACUUCCUGGUGAUGGGGGGCUUCACUGCCCUGGCCAAGCCCUGCCUGGACGUGUUUGGUAAGACCCCAGGGCUGCUCCAGAGGCUGGUGGAGGGCAGUGAGGAGAGUGCCCCCCCUGGUGACCUGCUGGUGGCGCUGUUCUACCAGCCCUUGUCUCACCUGCACCAGUACGGCCGGCUCCUGCUGAAACUGGCCACCUGCUACGAGGUGAGCACGCUGGACUAUCAGAAGCUGCAGGACGGUUGCUCUCAGUACGAGGCCCUGGCCCUGCUCCUGACCAGGAAGAAGAAGGAGGCGGAGUAUACCUUUCACUUCUGGAAGAGCUUCCCUGGGAAGAUGACGGAUUCCCUGCGGAAGCCGUCCCGCCGGCUGGUGUGCGAGAGCAGCAACAAGGCGCUGACGCUGCAGAACGCCGGAAGGUUCUCUGUGAAUUGGUUCAUCCUGUUCAACGAUGCGCUGGUCCAUGCGCAGGGAGUGGCCCCUUCUAAGAACCUUUUCUCCACCCAUCAUGUCUUCCCAUUGGCCACGCUGUGGGUGGAGCCUAUCUCUGAGGAGGAUUCUGGCAUGUAUGGUCUGAAGGUGACCUCACCUGAGGAGAGCUUCAGCCUGCUGGCGUCCUCCCCCAUGGAGAAGGGGAAGUGGCUGCGGGCGAUUAACCAGGCGGUGGAGCAGGCCCUGAGUGGGGGGGGCAUGGGGGAGGGCCGGGGCCCCGGCACCCCCCCGAAGAGGCCCGACCCCCCAGUGUCGCGCACGGCCUCCUACACCUUCUACAAGGACAGCCGCCUGCGGGACGCCACCUACGAGGGCCGCUGGCUCACGGGCAAGCCCCACGGGAGGGGGAUGCUGAAGUGGACAGACGGACGGACGUACAUCGGGACGUUCAAGAACGGUCUGGAGGAUGGGUUUGGGGAGUACCUUGUCCCCAAUAAAAACCUGGACAAGAACCAUCACUACCACGGCCACUGGAAGGAGGGGAAAAUGCAUGGCUUUGGAACGUACAGGUAUGCCUCAGGUGAGGUGUAUGAGGGCUGGUUCCAGGAGAACAUGCGGCAGGGCCACGGCAUUCUGCGUAGCGGGAAGUUGACCUCCUCCUCCCCCAGCGUCUUCAUCGGCCAAUGGCUGCAGGACAGGAAGAAUGGCUACGGCGUCUUCGACGACAUCACCAGGGGGGAGAAGUACAUGGGGAUGUGGCAGGAGGACCAGCGGCAGGGGAAUGGAGUGAUCGUCACGCAGUUCGGCCUGUACUACGAGGGAGCCUUCAGCGGGAACAAGAUGGCGGGCUCGGGGGUGCUGCUGUCGGAGGAUGACACGGUGUUCCAGGGGGAAUUCUCAGAGGACUGGACUCUCAGUGGGAAGGGCACCCUCUCCAUGCCCAAUGGAGAUUAUAUGGAUGGGACCUUCAGUGGGGUCUGGGGCUCAGGCCUGAAGGUGUCGGGCUCCUACUACAAACCCAGCCUGUACGAGAGUGACAAGGACAAGAACCGCGCUGUGAAGCUGGGCAGCCUGGCCGUGCCCGCGGGGCAGAAGUGGGCGGCGGUGUUUGAGGAGUGCUGGAGCCGGCUGGGCUGUGACGCCCCGGGGGUCGGGGAGAACUGGAGAGCCUGGGAGAACAUCGCCAUCACCCUGACAACCAGCCGCCGGCAGCACAGAGACAGCCCGGAGAUCCUGAGUCGCUCCCAUAAUAAAACGCUGGAGAGCCUGGAGUUCAUCCCGCAGCACGUGGGCCCUGUGACCAUGCAGAGAUACGAGAGCAUCCGCCGCUACCUCAUAAAGGCAUGUGACACCCCCCUGCACCCCCUCGGCCGGCUGGUGGAGACGCUCGUCACCGUGUACCGCAUGACCUAUGUGGGCGUGGGCGCCAACCGCCGGCUCCUGCAGCAGGCCGUGGCCGAGAUCCAGUCCUACCUCAGCCGCCUCUUCCAGCUGGUCAGGUUCCUGUUCCCAGAUCUCCCAGAAGAGGGAGGGGUCGUCCCAGAGAGCAUCUCUGACUCCCCUGACAAGAGUCCCCGCCCCCCCUCCUCAGACACGCCCCUCCCACGGACUGGGCGGGUGGUCAGCAGCUCCGCCCUGCUGCUGCCCGUGCUCCUGCCACGGCUGUACCCACCGCUCUUCACCCUGUACGCGCUGGAGAAGGAGCGCGAGGACGACCUGUACUGGGACUGCGUGCUGCGCCUCAACAAGCAGCCCGACCAAGCCCUGCUGGGGCUGCUGGGAGUGCAGCAGAAGUUCUGGCCAGUCUCCAUCUCCGUCCUUGGGGAGAAGAAGCAGGUUGUGUCCAGCUCCAAGGACGUGUGUUUCGCCAGUGCAGUGGAGACUCUGCAGCAGAUCAGCACGACCUUCACCCCGUCGGACAAACUGCAGCUGAUCCAGCUCACCUUCGAGGAGAUCACGCAGGAAGUGCUGUCCCUGCUGAACGAGGGCUUCCUGUGGUCCAUGGACGACCUGUUCCCCGUCUUCCUGUAUGUGGUGCUGCGUGCGCGAAUCAGGAACCUGGGGUCGGAGGUCAGCCUGAUCGAGGAUCUGAUGGAUCCGUGUCUGCAACACGGCGAGCACGGCAUCAUGUUCACCACGCUCAAGGCGUGCUACUAUCAGAUCCAGCACGAGAAGGUCACAUAGAGGACGAGAGCUGGGCCAAUCGGAGCAGCCAGGGGGGAGUGACGGACAGACGGAGAGAAGCAUUCUAAGAGAGAGAGCGAGAGAGCAAGACAGAGAGAGCAAGAGACAGAGGGCGAGAGAUAGAGAGACAGAGGGCGAGAGACAGAGAGAGAGGCAGUGGGAGAGGGAGAGAAAGGGAGGGGGAGGG